GCAGACCAGCGCUGUCACCCUCCCCAUCAUCUGAACGGGCGGCUCAGCCGGUGACCUUGGGCGGGCCUCAGCUCUCUGCCCAGCGGCGUCCGGGACCACGGGGGUCUCGAGUGGUGCCCACGCGCCGCGCCUCACCCGGCUUCCGCCGUCCCCAAUCCUACGCUGUCUACGUAGCGGCCGCGCCAGCUUCCGCGGCCUCCAGUGCGGACCCGCUUCUGCGCCGGGCGCGAUUCCCGAACACCGUCUGCGCCGCGCACGCGCGGCCGUCCCGCGAGCCCGCGUGCCCUUACGCAGCUGACGCAGCGCGUCCAAAAUGGCGGCGCGGUCGUCGUCGGGGGCGGCGGCGGUAGAGGGGGCGGCGGCGGUGGCGACGGCGGCCGUGAUGGCGGCGCGGGGCCUGGGCCGGGGGCUAUGAGGCUGUCCCGCCGCGGAGCCGUGUAGCGGACACACAGACCCUCCUCCACGCCCUCUCGACCGAGCCCGGGCGCGCGCGCGCGCGGCCGUCCGCCCGCCCGCAGCAGGCUCCCCUCCCUGGACUCCGAGGCCCCGCACGGCACCCCCCAACCCGGGCCCGGAGGAUGAUGAAGCUCAAGUCGAACCAGACCCGCACCUACGACGGCGACGGCUACAAGAAGCGGGCCGCGUGCCUGUGCUUCCGCAGCGAGAGCGAGGAGGAGGUGCUGCUUGUGAGCAGUAGCCGCCAUCCAGACCGAUGGAUUGUCCCUGGAGGAGGCAUGGAGCCCGAGGAGGAGCCGAGUGUGGCCGCCGUCCGGGAAGUGUGUGAGGAGGCUGGAGUGAAAGGGACGCUGGGAAGGCUAGUUGGGAUUUUCGAGAACCAGGAGAGGAAGCACAGGACGUAUGUGUAUGUGCUUAUCGUCACGGAGGUGCUGGAGGACUGGGAGGACUCGGUGAACAUCGGAAGGAAGAGAGAGUGGUUUAAAAUAGAAGACGCCAUAAAGGUGCUGCAGUGUCACAAGCCCGUGCAGGCCUCGUACUUUGAGACGUUGCGGCAAGGCUACUCCGCCAACAAUGGCACCCCUGUGGUGCCCACCACCUACUCCAGCUCCAUGCCGGGCAUCAGAUGACUGCAGACUCUGUAAGAGCCGGAGAGUGGAAAGCGGACUGAAGUGUGGCUCUCCUCACCACCCCUCACCUCACGGCCUCUGUCACCCAGGCAUGGCGGGCAAUAGAGAGGGCGCACUGAGGUGCUGCUGUGGGCUGUGGCGUGAGGCGGGUGGGUGUGGCAUGGUGGGAACUUUUCUCUUCCUGAGGGUGGGGCUGGGUAUAACUCACAAGCACUUUCCUGCAUGCCCGUUCCUCCUGCGCCCUGCCCUCUGAGAGAGGGCCCCUCCCUCCUUCCUUCCUU